UAAAACCAACCUAAAAAUCAGUGAGAAUUUAAUUGGGGGAGGGGGGAAAUUACACCUAUAAAAUCAAAUUACUCUCAUGAAGCUUAAGAGUCAGUGUGCAACCCUUGCAAAUUGUUGUCCAACUAUGCUCCAGUCAUUGGUAGGGCCAUCACAGGUGAGAACAACUCGGAGUUUGGGUAGGUCCAUGAUGAAAUGUCUAUUACUAGAAGGGAAGCAAAAGUAAAAAUUGUAACUUAUCAUCACCUCCAGCUGCACUGUCGAGGUGCCUGGAGAAGAAUGUAUGGGUCAUCCCAUCACUUCUUUUGGUGGAUGUGGCAGAGUUAGGUUUGCGGUUAGAUUUGACCUUCAAGAUUAUCUUUUCCAACCUAAAGGUUUCUAUGAAUCUAAAAUUUGCUGUUUGAUUUGGUCACUUGAAUUAACUCAUAUUUUUACAGCCCAGACAUGCUGCAACUAUUUAGGACUCCUUAAUUGUGUGCUGAUUACCUUCAUGUGCACAAGUAGUUGAGCAAGAGUUGCAUUCAUCAAAUAACCGAGGAGUUACAUGUUUGCUUAUGGACCAGGAGUUUUUGCUGUGACACUUCUUGCUCACAGGUGUAUUUAUAGAACCCAGCCAAGCAGAUGGUUCAUUUCCUGACUGUGCUGUUGCUACAGCCAGGGCUGAUUUACACAGAUAUGCAUAAGCAGGCUUAAAAUACUACCAUAAUGCCUUGGCCCUAGCUUGUGUUUUAUAAAGCAGCAGGCUGUACUCGUGGCUGUAGCAUGGUUACUUGAAGAACAUAAGGGUCAAUGCUGAUAGGAAUUGCAGUGGUUGCCUGUAAGCAGGGACAAUGAAUCUUUCCCAACCCCCUGAUAGUGCUUUUUGUGUAUUUUUCAUUUGACAGGUCACUUGGCUCUAAUUUUGCUGCACAGAUAUUCUUGGAGCAGGGACACCUCUGCAGAUUACCUGUAUGGAAGGAGCAGAGGCUCUAGGCAGGGUGGAGGGCUGGUGAGGUAGAACACUGUGUAAGCAGCUAGGCUGGCUUGGUAAGGCACAGCUUAGUCACUUCCUUUGGGAAGCAUGUAGGAUGCACCUACCUCCUGUGUGGGAGCCCUGCCUGAGCCUCCUAAUGUUGGAGCAAAAUGUUGAGGUGCCAUCUGCUUACUAGGAAUGGACCUUCUUGCAGGCUGGGUUUGCUGGUCUGGCCUGGUCAUGGUAGGCACAGCAGUGAACCUGGGCUCUCUGGUGUCCAUGAAGACCCCAAGAAGGGGUUAGACCUGCUGUGGGAGAUGAAACCAGAUGCAGCAAACAGUUCUCAGGAUGUUCCCAUCUCACAGCUGCUCCUGAACCUCCUCCCAAUAGUCACUUGGAUAUAGGUGGAGAACCUCAGCCUACUUUCAGCACAUCCCUGCACUGCUGGAAAGCCAGACUUCGGAGAACAUUGCCAUCACUUCCUUGCUCUUUUAUGGAUGUAACACUGUGUGUUCUUUGUCAUGAGGCUGAAGCUGUCCUUCAUCAGCUUUAAAGAAGAAUGUCCCUGCUUGUCUGACAAGGUGCUGUGGCUUGUCCCUCGGAUUCCCCAGCUUGACAAGUCCUUACUCAUCCACUUGUUUGGAGGACGGAUUUCAUGAGACCCCCUCCAAGCUGCAUAAGGAUAUUUCUUGGCUUGUGAAGGCAGGAGAGUAAGAGCUCCAGGUGACAGGGCUCCCAGGGGUGUGCCUGAGCAGGGCUGGGUGCUCCACUCCUAUAGCAGAGCCCAGAGGCACCUGUACAAGACUGAGGCGUGUCAGGAAACCUGAUGCCUCACCUCUGCCAAUGUGGAGGCGGAGGGAGGAGGGCCAAAAGACAUGUCCCUUCAUGCUCGCAACAGCUGAAAACAGAGAAGGAAAUUCGCUGGAGCCUUUUUUACCAGCGCAGGAGGCCUCACAGUCACGCUCUCACCCCAGAGACCCUCCCGUACUCCAGUACUCUGGGGGGGUGGCACUCCCACACCCGUCGGGCGAUGAACAUCGCAAGGAGAAGAGGCUUUUACAGACAGGAGGUGAACAACACCCUCUGGGAGCUGCCCAGGAGAUACACAUCCCUCCACCCGCUGGGGUCUGGAGCCUACGGCUCGGUGUGUUCAGCCAUAGACAAGAAGACAGGGGAGAAAGUGGCUAUCAAGAAGCUCUGCCGCCCAUUCCAGUCAGAGAUCUUUGCCAAGAGAGCAUACAGAGAGCUGAUGCUGUUGAAGCACAUGCAACAUGAGAACGUCAUUGGGCUGCUUGAUGUCUUUACCUCCACUGCCUCCUACCAGGGGUUCCAGGACUUCUACCUGGUGAUGCCAUACAUGCGGACAGAUUUACAAAAGAUCAUGGGACAUGAAUUCAGUGACGAAAAGAUCCAGUACCUGGUCUACCAAAUGCUGAAAGGGCUGAAGUAUAUUCAUUCAGCCGGCAUCAUACACAGGGACCUGAAGCCAAGUAAUCUGGCUGUGAACGAAGACUGUCAGCUAAAGAUUUUGGAUUUUGGCUUGGCCAGACAUGCUGAUGCUGAAAUGACUGGCUAUGUGGUUACACGAUGGUACAGAGCCCCAGAAGUCAUCCUGAACUGGAUGCAUUACAACCAGACAGUGGAUAUCUGGUCUAUUGGCUGUAUCAUGGCAGAAAUGCUGACUGGGAAAACGCUGUUUAAAGGCAAAGACUACCUGGAUCAACUGACUCAGAUCCUGAAAGUAACGGGGCAUCCAGGAGAAGACUUCUUGGAGAAGUUGGAGGAUAAAGCGGCUAAGAGUUAUAUCAAGUCCCUUCCUAAAAUCCCCAAGAAGGAUUUGUCUGUGCUUUUCCCUAAAGCAAAUCCUCAGGCUGUGGACCUGCUUGACAAGAUGUUGCAGCUUGAUGUGGAAAAGCGCCUUACAGCCACAGAGGCAUUGGCUCACCCCUUUUUCGACCAGUUCCGAGAUGUCGAGGAGGAGACAGAAGCACAACAGUCCUAUGAUGAUUCUCUGGAACAUGAAAAGCUUUCAAUAGAUGAGUGGAAAAAGCUUAUUUACAAGGAGAUCUUGUCCUUCAGUCCCAUUGCACGGAAGGAUUCCAAGAAGCAAAGUGGGAUGUCAUUAUAGUGACUGAUGCCGCUGUGGCUGGGAUUCACUUCUCCUCGACGACAGAUGGGAUUUAUUCCUCACUGCCUUGCUGGUGGCUAUCGUUUGGCCUGCGGGACUUCUCUGCGUGCCAACACAAGGAUGGCACUAUGCUGUGGGUAUUGAACUUUGUUCUACCAAAAGGGAAGCACUCCAGACAGUUUUCAACAUAAAAGAUAAAUAUAUUCCUGUUGAAACUU